UCCGCUUUGUUGGGCUCAAUUUAAACAAGGAUCUCUUUCCUUCCUCGCCCGCCUCUCUUCUCCUACUCCUCAGUCUUAGGAGGACCAGCAGCUGGUGCAGCAGAAGGAGCAGUUGCAGUGGAUUCUCUUUAACGUGGCCCCGAGGCCCAAAGAACAAUAGUAGUACUGCUUAUCAAAACUGUAGCCCCGGGCUGUACUCCAGGCCUACCGCACAAAGUCAACAAAUUAAUGGUAGUACAUUCAGUAGUAUAUUGAUUACAAGGUCCAUUAGUACAAUAAUGGGUAAUAAGCAGAGCAGCACUGCUGGUACUGGUAGUGGUGGGAAGAGAAAGACUAAAAAAGGUGGAGAGAGUGAACCUGCAACAGCUGCAGCUCCAGCUGAAGCACCUAAUACUCCUCCUCCUCAAGUUGAGGAAGAACCUAAACCUCAAGGAACUGGAGACGAGGGAGAGAGCAAGAGAGAAGAGAGCUCGAAUGAUAUUGUAGAGAAAAAUGUUGGAAAAACAAGCGAUUUACCAGAAGGACAGAUGAAGGAGGUAGAGAUUGAUGGUGACCAUAAGGCCUUACUAGUCCAUCAAAAUGGCUGCUUCACAGCUGUGUCCAGCAAAUGCACCCACUAUGGAGCACCACUAGUGAAAGGUUAUCUUGGUGAUGGUAGGGUAAGGUGUCCAUGGCAUGGUGCUUGUUUCAACGUUACCACGGGAGACAUUGAGGAUUAUCCUGGGAUUGAUAGUUUGGCACGCUACACUGUUAAGAUUGAUGGAGAAGACAUCAUAGUGUCUGCUAGUAAAAAGGACCUUGAGAAAGGUCGCUGUCCUUUUGUUCAAAAGUCUCCAGUUGACGGCACAACAAGAGAUGAAGUUUAUGUUCUGGUUGGAGGAGGUCCAGCGACUGUGGUUUGUGCUGAAACUCUUCGUCAAGAAGGUUUCAAUGGAAAGAUUAUAUUGUGUACUAGAGAGAAAGUUCUACCUUAUGACCGACCCAAACUGAGCAAAGCUAUGCACAUUUCUGCUGAGGAGAUUAAGCUUAGGUCAGAGUCCUUUUAUAAAGAACACAACAUUGAGCUACAAACUGAAAGAGAAGUCACUCGUGUUGACUCUUCAUCAAAAACAUUGACAUUCUCAGAUGGUACUACUCUACAGUAUGAUAAACUGCUACUAGCCACUGGAGCUAAGCCUCGUACUCUGCCUGUUCCUGGGUUUGAUAAUGUAUGCUUGCUAAGGGAACCAUCUCAAGCUAAUGAUAUUGCUACUAAUGCCAAGGAUAAAAGGGUCGUGGUAAUAGGUACAUCUUUCAUUGGAAUGGAGGUUGCCUCUUACCUGUCGGAUAAAGCUACCAGCGUGGAGUGUAUUGACAUUGCAGCUGUGCCUUUUGAGAGAGUCUUAGGAGAACGCAUCGGGAAAGCAUUACAAACGCUACUGGAGGAGAAAGGGAUAAAGUUUCAUCUUAAAUCUGGCGUCAAAGAAAUCGUGUCUGAAGAUGGAAAGGUUACAGGUGUUACUCUUCCUUCUGAUGAAACCAUUCCUGCUGAUAUUGUUGUCGCUGGAGUAGGUGUAAUGCCUGCUACUGAUUAUCUCAAAGACUCAGAUAUCCCUCUCACCAACAGAGGAGAGGUUGUGGUUGAUGAGUACAUGAAGGUCACUGAUGGUGUCUAUGCAGCUGGUGAUAUAGCAAAGUUCCCUCUUCCUCUGAUCCAGGACUCUGUCUCCAUUGGUCACUGGCAGAUAGCUCACAACCAUGGACACAUUGCUGGCAGGAACAUGGCAGGAAAAGAAGAAUCCUUUAAUAGUAUACCAUACUUCUGGACUGUCCUCUUUGGAAAGAGCCUUCGCUAUUGCGGUUUUGCUUUGUCUUGGGAUGAGAUUAUAUACAAUGGCAAUCCUGAAGAGCUUAAGUUUGCUGCUUAUUUUGUAAAAGAUGAUAAAGUGAUGGCAGUGUGCAGCCUUGCCAUGGACCCUGUGGUAUCAACCAGUGCUGAGCUAAUGUAUCAAGGGAAGAUGCCCACAGGCUCUCAGCUCAGAGACAACCCUGAUCUUCAAACUCAUUUGUAGAUAUUAUUUGAUUAGAUCUUGACUUUUUAAAGACUGCUGUUAAUUUUAAACACUAUAGGAUUAAUUUGUAUUAUUAAUUAUAUGAUA